UGACGAAGCGAAACUCUAAUACGACGACUGUAUGUAUUAUGUACGGACCUAAAUCGUAUUCCCAGCCCCACCUUUCGCUUACCGGCAUGUAGGAACACCACAUUCAUCCGCGUGAUGAGGUCGUUGUGCUAAAUUCGUCGAAAGUCAUCAUAGUACCUUCUGAAUCUUUGCCACCGACGAUUGGUUAUCAGCGAUAUUUACCGUGUCAAAACAAUACCAUCGAGGUGCUGUUGGAGGUGACUGUGCUAGAUGAGAGACAUUUGGUAAUCAUCCAACUUCAUGUGCCAUGGACAAGUCGGAGAAACAACAAGCGCAACGGAACCCGCGUGAAAAAGCAAAUCCGUUCUCGAUCAUCACAUUCGCAUGGGUUCUGAGGACGUUUGCUUUGGGAUACCGACGAGAGCUCGAAGUAACAGACCUCUAUGCGCCCCUUAAUGAACACAAGAGCAACGUCCUCGGGGACCAAAUAUCGAGGAUCUGGGAGAAGGAACAAGAAAGAUGUUGUCGAACAAAGAAAGGAACUCAGCCCAGUCUGCUGCGAGUACUUGUAAGGUGCUUUGGCCCCCGGAUUAUGAUGUUGGGGAUCAUAAUAGCAGCCUUGGAGUUUCUCGUAAGGAUAACGCAGCCGUUGAUGUUAGCCGGGUUACUUCGGUAUUACCGCAGUGACAAUGUCAAUGGGUCCAAAAUGUCAAAGGACGAAGCAUACUUGUGGGCCGGUGGAAUAAUUUUAUGCUCCACCCUCAACUUCCUUGUAAUUCAUCCCUGCAUGCUGGGAAUAAUGCACACGGGAAUGAAAAUAAGGGUCGCCUGCUGCUCGCUCAUCUACAGGAAGGUCUUAAAGCUCUCGAAAUCCGCUUUGGCUGAGACGACCGUUGGGCAGAUUGUUAAUCUGCUUAGCAAUGAUGUGAACAGAUUUGAUUUGGCAGUUUAUUUUAUCCACUACAUUUGGCUGGGGCCCUUAGAGUCUGUGGUAAUAACUUACCUGAUUUACCGGGAAGUUGGAUGGUCAGCAGUCAUUGGAAUGCUGACACUGCUAUUCUUCAUUCCGUUGCAAGGAUAUCUUGGGAAAAAGUCCUCUACAUUCAGACUGAGAAUCGCUCUUCGAACAGAUGAAAGAAUUCGCCUGAUGAAUGAAAUCAUCAAUGGUAUUCAAGUAAUAAAAAUGUACACGUGGGAAAAGCCAUUUUCUUAUCUUGUCGAAAUCGCAAGACGGAAAGAGGUUAACGCAAUAAAGAAAAAUUCAAUCGUCUUAGGAAUAUCAUCGUCGUUCGACAUGUACACACCGAGACUCUGCGUCUUUGUCACGAUACUGGCUUACGUUCUUAGUGGUAAUAAAAUUACCACGGAACAAGUGUUCAUGAUGACAGCCUUUUACAACGUCCUUCGCACAGCAAUGACAAUUGCGUUUCCAAUCAGUAUGACCCAAAUUGCUGAAGCGUUGGUGUCCGUCAGGCGUUUGCAAAAAUUCAUGCUGCACGAGGAGAGAGAAAAACCAGCGAUCAAAGCUAAUGGACAAGCCAAUUGUGAGAAAACUAGUAACAGCCAAUACGCUGUUAUGUUGAAAAAUGCUACGGCAAAAUGGGUGCCAGACAACAAAGAGAACACACUUUCAGAGUUGAACAUUGAGAUAAAACCUGGUCAAUUUGUGGCAGUUAUCGGUCACGUAGGAUCUGGAAAAACAAGUCUUCACCACCUAAUAUUACGUGAACUUCCUCUCGUUAGUGGCAGUGUUGAAGUGAACGGUAAAGUCGCUUACGCAAGUCAAGAGCCUUGGCUUUUCGCCUCUUCAAUUAGACAAAACAUCCUUUUUGGUCGACCCAUGGAUAAGACGCGCUAUGAGAGUGUCGUCAGUGUUUGUCAACUAAAGAGGGAUUUCACCCUAUUUCCCUAUGGCGAUAAAACGAUUGUUGGCGAACGGGGAAUCAGUUUGAGCGGAGGACAGCGCGCGAGAAUAAAUUUGGCGAGGGCCGUUUACUCGGAGGCAGAUAUUUACCUCUUCGACGAUCCUCUGUCGGCGGUAGACGCUCACGUGGGAAGACACUUGUUCGACGAAUGCAUCAAUGGUUACCUCCGGGGUAAAACCAGGAUAGUCGCGACACACCAGCACCAGUAUCUUAAGCAUGUCGAUCGGAUAAUCGUGAUGAACAAUGGCGAAGUGGAAGCUGAGGGUACUUUCGAAGAGCUUGAAACUGCUGGACUAGAUUUCGUUAAGCUACUGCAGGAGCAAGUCAACGUGCCAGAGGAUAACGAAAGCACGCGGAAAAGCUUGAGUCGAAAAUCUUCAAUUCAGAGCAUGAGAUCCGAAGAGAUAAACGACGUGGAUCCCGUCGAGGAAGCGGAACUGAGAUCGACUGGUCGAAUAUCGGCCAAAAUCUACCUGUCCUACUUUAAAGCAGCUGGCAGCGUUUGUUUCGUCGUAACUAUGUUCUUGGUGUGCAUCCUGAACCAAGGUUUCGCUAGUGGCGGUGACUACUUUAUCACAUACUGGGUAAACACGGAGGAGACCUCAGUAGACAUAAGCAACGGCACGUUGGUAUUUAACUGGACGACACCCUUGACCAGAGACAUGUGUAUUUACACAUACAGCGGCAUUACAGUGGCCACUGUCAUCUUUACUUUCUUGCGAACGUAUAUGUUCGUCAGUGUUUGCAUGCGGGCGUCGAAAACUUUACAUGGCAACAUGUUCAGAUGCAUCACCAGGACAACAAUGCGUUUCUUCAAUACGAAUACAUCUGGACGCAUUUUGAACAGGUUCUCGAAAGAUAUGGGUGCCAUUGAUGAACUUCUACCGAUGAGUAUGUCUGACGUUGUGCAGAUUGGCCUUUCACUACUCGGUGUGAUUGUCCUGGUUACAAUGAUAAGACCUUUGCUCAUGAUACCGACCGUGAUUAUCCUAAUCCUGCUGUAUGUUAUGAGAGUUAUCUACAUCAGUACCAGCCGCAGUGUCAAACGAUUAGAAGGAAUAACUCGGUCUCCAGUAUUCGGACAUCUGAGUGCCACUUUGAAUGGAUUGACUACGAUUCGAGCUUUCGACGCCGAAGCCAAUCUCUCAAAAGAAUUCGAUAACCACCAAGACUUGCACUCUUCAGCCUGGUACAUCUUCAUUUCAUGUUCGCGAACGUUUGGAUAUUACCUAGACUUCACUUGCGUACUCUACACUGGCCUGGUGACAUUCAGCUUCCUUGUUCUGAGCCAAGAGACUUUCGGAGGAAACGUGGGUCUGGCAAUUACUCAGUGUAUCGGGCUGACUGGGAUGCUGCAGUGGGGCGUCCGGCAGACUGCGGAAAUGGAGAACCAUAUGACAUCCGUCGAGAGGGUUCUUGAGUACAGUACCCUUGAACAGGAACCGCCGCUUGAGAGCAAACCGGAACAUAAACCUCCAGAAGAAUGGCCAACCGAAGGAAGAAUACAGUUCUCUAAUAUGUUUUUGAGAUACGAUAGAGCCGAGCCCCCGGUUCUAAAGAACCUGAACUUUGUAAUCAUGCCAAGGGAGAAGAUUGGAAUCGUCGGACGAACCGGUGCCGGGAAAUCUUCGUUAAUAUCUGCAUUGUUCCGACUUGCAUACAUUGACGGUGAAAUAUUCAUUGACGAUAUACCUUCCAGUAACUUGGGAGUGCAUGAUCUGCGGUCCAAGAUCAGCAUAAUUCCGCAAGAACCGGUUCUGUUCUCCGGACGGCUGCGUGAAAAUCUUGAUCCGUUUGAUGAGUAUUCCGACGAUAUGCUCUGGCAAGCACUGGAGGAAGUAGAACUCAAGGAAGCCGUAAACGAAUUGGCGGGUGGUUUGAAUUCGAAAAUGUCUGAGGGGGGUACUAAUUUCAGUGUCGGGCAACGACAAUUGGUCUGUCUUGCUCGUGCCAUUGUUAGAAACAACCAAAUAUUGGUACUUGAUGAAGCUACAGCCAAUGUAGAUCCUCAGACUGAUGUGCUGAUUCAAAAAACUAUUCGAAAGAAGUUUGCUGGCUGUACCGUUCUCACUAUAGCCCACCGACUCAACACCGUUAUGGACAGCAGCAAAGUGCUUGUUAUGGAUGCCGGUACCAUGGUGGAGUUUGAUCAUCCUCAUUUAUUGCUUCAAAAUCGACAAGGAUACUUGUACGACAUGGUGCAGCAAACCGGACAUUCAAUGGCGGAAAAUCUUACAAAAAUAGCAGAAAAGAACUACACUAGCCAAACGUCGACUUGAAGGAAUACAUGAAGGAUACUAGGAUUUGUUGUGGAUUCACACAAUCAUUUUGGAUGCUAGGAUUCUAAACUUGCCAAGAACGUAUGAGUAUGAAUCAUCCAUUACCAAGGCUGCACAUAAUACGUUAAUCAAAAUCUCUUUCACGAAGCCUUCCAUCUCCUAUUCUUAACAUGUCGUACAUUAUAUUUAAAAGUGAUUCAUGCGAAAAUCAAAUAUUUUUAUAUAGUCUUUUUUAAUGUGUCUUAAAAGAUACUUGUUAUCUACCAUUCUCAAACUUUGUAUACUUUUCCAUUAAUUUUUAAGGACCUUAUAGGUGCAAAUACUGAUAUCGAAUCAGAGCGGACACAGUUGAUCUUAAUCUUAUAGGUACUUAUUACGCUGGCACGUUUUAUUCACCGCCAGAAAAAGUUUAUAAGCUUUAUAUAAGCAUACGACAUACAAGCUCAAUAUAUGGGCUUCUACUAGGUUUCAAUUACUAGGUUUAAUAGAGUAAUAAUAUCAAUAUUGCAGUAUUCGUUUGUUGUGGCAAAUCGCAUAUAAAAACGAUCUCAGUAAUCAAUGUGCCUAAAACAAUUUAUAUAGGAAAAUUUUAUUACUAUUAUCAUUAUUAUUAGUAUUCAAUAUUAUUGCUAUGAUCAUAAUGAUUAAAAAACAAUUAUUAUACCUUAUUAGGAUAUUAAUUUUUUUUUUUUUUUUUUAAGUUUUCUGUCAAAUAGCUGUAUGAAAAUAUCAUUUCAGUUUAAACUUUUCUUAAACUAUCGAUAUAAAAUGAUCAAGGAAAAACAGAAAGUCCGACUGUACGCAUUAAGAGAUUGAUACAGGAAUAUAUUUUUCAUUUCUACCUUCCAA